AUGCGACUACAACCGGCUCAACAUAUCUCCUGCGCUCUUGUUCUCAUGGUGAUGAUGCUGGCACCAGAACUACUCGCUAGGCGGAUUUGGGACAUCAUACUAAAUGACUUUACAACGCACUCGUUUGGGAGAGUUUUAAUCAGCCGAAAUCUCACAGCCUUGUUGGAUGCUGAGAACAUUACUGUUUACCUGCCCAGCUCAGACGCUUUCUUCAAAUAUGAAUCUCAGCUGACGGAGCCAGUCAAUUGGAUAACGUUUCUAACUUAUACUACCCAGAUUGGAAGACACAUUCUUGCAAGCUUACCCAAACAUGGAAAGAUGACUUCUAGACUUGGGUCAGACAAGUAUCUUUAUGUGAACACUUUUUACAUCGAUAAACGGCAGAUCACCACCAUCAAUGGAGCAGCUAUCGUUCGCGCUGACAUUGUUGCUGACAACGGCGUGAUCCACGUCUUAGACAGCAUCAUCUUCCCUGUGUCUAGUGGUCUUACCAUUGCCCAGUAUAUCGAGAAGCCUGAAGAUCACAGUUUAUCAUUCAGGGCAAUAGUCAUGGCGGAAGUGGUAGCCCAGUCGCUGAAGGUGAAGACAAACAGUUCACAAACUCUCAUGACGUCAUUCUCCCCUAAUGAUUCCUACCUGAUGAACAUGCCUGACUACGGGAAAACGCCGCUGUUUGAAAACAUCACACUUCUAAGACAGGUCUAUGAAGCACACAUUAUUGAAAACGAGGCUCUUUUCUUCCCUACGAGAUGUAUGAUAUUCCACCAAGAGCGGCCAUUAUACGUGGUGAGCAAUCGCGUCCAUGCCCGCGUGGUCAAGCCAAACAUAGCCACAGCCAACGGUGUCAUCCACGUCAUCGACAACCUCCUCCUCUACGUCUACCACAAUGCUGUACAGAUAACUAGUGAGGACAACGUCAAUUCUACCAGGAUAUUUAACAAAUGCAUCAAGAAACUCCGCGAGGAUCAGGUCAACAAUCUGGCCACUGUGACACUGACCAUGUUCGUCCCAAGUGAUUUGGCUUUCUCCAGAUCUCCAUUAUUCUGGCAGAGACCUUUCUAUACGCCUGAUCAUUACACCAGG